AUGUCCGCGGACACGGAAGGAGAGAAAGCACAACCACAACCACAACCACAGCGGUGUCUCAAUGAAAUAGAGCGCCCAGCGUCUCCGGUCUCUGUUGAAACCACUGAAACAGAAACAGUUCAUGACAUUGAAAAGGGCCUACCCGGAGAUGCUGCCGUCCCAUCGGUCAGCACCUCCGGCGAACCUACCGGGGCCGAGGCUCCGCCCGGUCUCACAGCCUCCCGGAGCUCAUCCCGACCAUCAUCAACUCGCUCACGGGCCGUGACAAUUGUACCACGGUCCCAGAGAAGAGGACUCUUUGCAAGAAUUGCCAUUACUCCAGAGGUCGAAAGACCAUACGAGUAUAAAAAUUCAACAAAAUGGGGCAUCACGGCAACGAUAGCAUUGGCAACGCUCGCCGCUCCGAUGGGCUCAUCCAUCUUUUACCCUGCACUCCACGGCCUAACCCUGGAAUUCAAAACAACCUCUACGAUAGUGAACCUGUCCGUAGCACUCUACAUGCUCUCCAUGGCCAUCUUCCCACUAUGGUGGUCCUCUUUCUCAGAGGAAUUCGGCCGCCGCACAAUCUACCUCAUCUCCUUUAUGCUUUUCGUCAUCUUCUCCAUUCUCUGCGCCGUCAGCCAAAACAUCGCCAUGCUAAUUGUAUUCCGCGUCCUAACCGGCGGCGCAUCCGCCAGCGUUCAGGCCGUCGGCGCCGGAACCAUAGCCGACAUAUGGGAGAGUUUUGAGCGCGGCCGCGCCAUGAGCAUGUUUUACCUAGGACCGUUGCUGGGACCCAUUAUCGCGCCUAUACUGGGUGGUGUGUUGUCACAGAAUCUAGGCUGGCGGGCGUGCAUGUACUUUCUCGCAAUUUACGGUGCCUGCGUGCUGGUUAUGCUGCUUCUGUUUCUGCCCGAGACGCUUGCUAAGCGGAAGAAUGAGGCAAGAGAUCCGCAAACUCUACAGCGCAUGUCGACGCGGGAGUCUGCAAAGGUCCACUCCAAGCGUGUUGCCAAGGGGUUAAAGAGGUUUCUUGUCGAUCCGUUGGCCGUGUUGCUGUUUCUGAGAUUCCCGCCUGUGCUCAUCACAGUUUGUCUGGCAGCUAUUGCGUUUGGGGCUCUUUUCGUGGCGAAUAUAUCCAUCCAGCAGGAGUUUGGAAAGGAGCCCUAUCACUUUAAGCAAAUUAUCGUGGGAUUAUUAUACUUUCCCCCUGGGAUAGGUUACUUCUUGGCGUCCUUCUUCGGCGGCAAAUGGAUCGAUAACAUUAUGGCCCGGGAGGCACGGAAAGCGAACCGGUACGACGAGCACGGCAAACUCAUUCUUUUGCCGGAGGAUCGCAUGCGGGAAAACAUGUGGAUUGCGAACACAGUCUACCCGUGUGGACUGCUUCUCUUCGGAUGGACUCUCAACUACGGUAUAUUCUGGUUUGUGCCGUCCAUCGGCUCCUUUUUAUUCGGCAUUUCAUCGAUGCUAGUGUUUAGCGCCGCAACAACCAUGCUCACCGAGUUCGUCCGCAAACGAAGCUCCGCCGGCGUAGCUGUAAACAACUUUGUCCGCAACAUCCUCAGCUGCGUGGGCACGAUUGUUGCGGCGCCGUGGAUCGAUGCCAUUGGCGUGGGAUACGUCAUGACCACGGUGGCGUGCUUUUGCAUCGUGGCCGGGUAUUUUGGCAUAUGGUCGUUGAGGAGGAAUGCACCCAGAUGGAGGAAGGCUAUGGAUAGGGCAUUGAAUGACUUGCAGUGA